AACCCUCCUCUCUUUGGAAAAUCUGACCGGAAAAAAAAAAGGCAGAAGGGAAAAUCUCAGAACAAUAAUGGGAGCAGAAGCCGAAGUCCACGAAAACAGAGAAGCCGAGAACCCCAGUUCGAUGACGAUGGCCCAAUUCCUCGCCUGGAAACGCCAGAAGGAUGAUGAUGCAUCUGCCAGAAGAGCUGAAGCAGCGAGGAAACGGGCGGAGGACAUAGCUGCUGGGACAGUGCAAAUGAAUGGCCGAGAGCUUUUCGCGCACGAACCUUGGGUUUUUGACAACACUCUUUAUUGAGCAUUAUAAAAGUAGCAAGCACAAAACCAAGGUGGUGGUGAAUCUGUGAGGUCAAGUACCCUGAUGGAGUCGGUAAGUUAUAAGGAGCAUUGAAUUGUUGGGGAUGGAGAGUUGCUUGCUGUUGGUGAAUCAUUGCUGGUCCUUGAUUUACAAAUCCUGCUGUCAUGUUCUGCUAAUAGCAUACAAAUUUCCUAUUGUCAAACUGCUUGUCAAUGCAACUGAUUGAUUUACAGUAUAGUAUUUGUUACUUAUUGAAAGGAGAAUCCAUCUUUAUUUGCAUGGAAA